UUAUCGCGCGAGAUUAAACAAGCACCUUGUUUUGUAGAACGAAAGAGGGGAGAAGCUAUAUUAUUACUUUCGGAAAUUGUUGUGUCCCCAAGUGAUCAUUAUGUGAUAUUGAUUUAAGGAUACCACCCUCUCUUGCAUGAGAGUUGUUUCGCUAUAGAUAUACAUUCUUCAGUGUUGUUUCGUCGUCUUUUUUUGUGAAUAUUGAAGAUAAUUUUGCUACCCCGGGUGCAAGCCGGUCUUGCAAAAUCUGCCCGGAAUGAAAUAUACGUUUCGAUUUGUUUUGGUUGUGGUAUGCUGGUCAUAUUCACAAUAUGUUGCUGAUGCCCAGUGUAACUGUGCAACCGACUGCAAUACCAACUGUCCUGUUGGAACACAUUAUGAAAGCGGCUCCUGUGUAACCUGUCCCCAGGGACACUAUUGCCCAGGAGGGAGCAGCCCCAAAACAGCAUGCCCGGGCGGGAAGUAUGUGGGCACAACAGGAAGUGGCCAGCUCUCGGACUGUGAUACAUGUGUGGCAGGAAAAUACAGCAGUGCUGGAUCAACGACAUGCUUGGACUGUCCCGCGGGGAAAUCUUGUGGAGCAGGAACAGAGACGCCCACGGACUGUAAUGCUGGCCAUUACUCCCUGGGUGGGGCCUCUACCUGCACCCCUUGUCCCAUCGGCUCAAUGUGUACCGCCAAAGACCAGGGUCCAACUCUAUGUCAAGAGGGAUAUUACACGUCAUCCACAGCUCAGUCAUCUUGUCAGAAAUGUCCCGCGGGAAGUGAGUGUCCAAACAGAGGGACACCAGUCCAGUGUAGUGCUGGUUAUUACUCCGUGGAGGGGUCGGGGAUAUGUGAUUCCUGCCCCCCGGGCUUCUACAGCUCGGCUGCUGGAGCCAGUAGUUGUUCAUCAUGCCCCGAGGGCAAUGCCUGCAGUGGAAACGGCACCUCCUCCCCCACACCCUGUGCUGCAGGGUAUGUGGCGCCAGCUGAAUCCCCCACCUGCACUCUCUGUGCCGCAAAUGAGAUUCCAGAUGGCACACAGAAGUUGUGCGCCAGUUGUCCUGCAGGAAAAGCUUGUACCGAUCCAGCAGUGACACCGACCGACUGUAGCGCCGGAGAGUAUGCUGUUCUUGGAAAUGGGACUUGCUCACGAUGUCCUAAAGGAAAAUACUGCCCCACCAAGACAGCCGCGCCUCUGGACUGCUCCUCAACCCAGUACUCAGCUGAGGGAGCCACCUCUUGUAAAGACUGUCCUGUGGGCGAGUCCUGCCCCACCCCAGACGCCACCCCUGUACAGUGUGAUCCCGGCCAAUACAGCGCUGCAGGAGUGAUCACCUGUACCGACUGCUCCGCUGGGAAGUACUGUCCCCAGGGAUCCGCCUUGCAGACCGACUGUCCGGAUGGAUUCUGGUCCACAACCAAACAGGAUGCCUGUGCUCAGUGUCCCGCCGGGAAAUACUGCUCCAAGACAGCGGAGACAGACUGUCCAAGUGGGACCUACUCUCUGGGGAUGGCCACUGCCUGCUCAUACUGUCCAGCUGGUUACGAGUGUACAAAUCCUGCGGCCUCACCCAACGCAUGUAACCCAGGAGAAUACAACAUCAAUGGAUCAACCUCAGCGUGCACGCUAUGCCCGGGCGGGUCCAUGUGUCCACUGACUACUGCUGCCCCCACCCCCUGCUCAGCAGGCUACCUGAGCAGCCCUGGGCAGACAGAAUGCUCUCAGUGCCCGGCGGGCUAUGCCUGUCCUGACAACACAGACGCUACCAAGAACUACGCCUGUCAUGCUGGUUCCUACUCCAUUGCUGGUUCCAUGACCUGUACAGCAUGCUCCGCCGGCAGUUACUGUCCUAGUACUAGCUCGUCCAAUGAGAUUCCUUGUCCAGGAGGGACAUACUCCUUGGGUAAUUCCUCGUCCUGUACCAAGUGUACCCCAGGAGAGGUGUGUCCAAACGCUGACGGUACAGGGAUCCAGACCUGUCUCCCGGGGACCUACUCCGUGGCUGGGUCGUCGACCUGUGUGGACUGUCCUGCAGGGUAUGCCUGUUCCACGACUAACUCCUCCCAGCAGAUCCAGUGUCUCCCAGGCACCUACUCACUGACCAAAGCCACAGAGUGUACACCAUGCCCCGCAGGAUUUGCAUGUCCCACGACCAACAAGAAUACCCAGAUUCCGUGUGAGGACGGGACGUACUCCGUCGGCAACCAGACUUCCUGCAUCACCUGUCUUUCGGGAUACGAGUGUCCUGACUCCGCCACCAACAGCUCAACACCCUGUCAGCCUGGCUACUACUCUCUUGGGGGACAGAAGGCGUGUACCAUGUGUGACGAGGGGUAUAGGUGUCCAAACACCUACGAGGGCCAGACCCUGUGUCCCCCGGGUUUCAUAAGCCCAGCGGGCUCCACCAACUGUACAGCAUGUGACCCGGGCUAUUACUGCCCAGAACCAGAAUUUUCCAGAAAAUCAGAGUGUCCGGCAGGCUCCUACUCCACAGGUGGCGCCACCGCCUGUCUGCCCUGUGACCCAGGCUAUACCUGCUCCAUGGGCUCUACUAACUCCACCCCCUCGGCAGACAUCUGUCAGGCCGGGGGAUGGUGUGAUGGGAAGACCUUCUUCCGAUGUCCUGCCGGGACGUACAAUCAAUUCAAUGGAUCCAUCGACUCGACGGCAUGUGUCCUAUGUCCACCAGGUUACUACUGCCCUGGCCCAGGUGAAACCUCCUACACCCAGUACCCCUGUCCCACGGGCCACUACUGUCUCCAGGGAACCACAGUCGGCACCCAGUUCCCCUGCGCUGGUGGAUCCUACAAUCCGGAGCAGAACUCCACCAGUGACACUGCUUGUCUCCCAUGUCCAUCUGCCAAGUACUGCCCCAAGGGGACCUCAGACACAGGCAUAGACUGUCCCAGAGGAUUCUACUGCACAGGGGGACAGUCCUCAGGGUUUCAACAUCCCUGCCCUGUUGGAACUUACGGACCAGACCUUGGAUUUGACAACGAGACGCAAUGUAUUCAGUGUCCGGCUGGGUUUUACUGCCCCGGGGGCACAGAGUCUCAGCCGACUACGGCCCCCACCCCCUGUCAGCCUGGAACCUACAACCCUGACGCCAACACCGGCCACCCGCUCAACUGUCACAAGUGUGAUAUAGGUUUCGCCUGUCCGGAGAUUAACCACACAGCUUCGGUGGUACCCUGUAAACCAGGUUACUACUGUCCACUUGGAACCAUUGCGGAUGACCAGUACCCAUGUAUACCAGGGACGUACAGUGACAAAACCAACCUGUCAUCAGCUGACCAGUGUGACGCCUGUCCAGAGGGCAAAUAUUGUGAAUGGGGAACAAACAACUCCACCAACCCCCCAAAGCCAUGCUGGCCGGGAUACUACUGUCCACUGCAGUCCCCCUCCCCAGAAAAAUUCCCCUGCCCUGCUGGGACGUACUCGGACCGAGCAGACUUGUAUGAGGCCGCCCAGUGCUACACCUGUCCUCAGGGAUCCUACUGUGAAGGUGGUCUCAGCACCACUCAUGGCACCUGCCCUCGUGGGUACUACUGUCCCAACGGAACCACGGCAGCGACAGAGUACGGAUGUCCAAAUGGAACAUAUAAUAAUGUUGAGGGACUCUAUGAGGAAGCCCAGUGUAAAAACUGCUGGCAAGGUCAUUAUUGUGAGUUUUCGGUCUCUGCGCCCGUAAAAUGUAAAGCUGGUACCUACAUGCCAUACGGAGUGAACCAGACAAGUCAAGCUCUGGUUGGACCAGGUGCCCCUGCCAAGAGACAAUUUGAGUGUAUCACCUGCCCAGGAGGAUUUUCGUGUCCCCUGGGGACAAUUUAUCCAUAUGACUGUACCGUUGGGUACUACUCCAAACCAGGGCAGGAAGUCUGUGAAACGUGUCGAAUAGGACACUACUGUGACAACUCGUCAACGUCAGAGGAAGCCAUGGUCAACACCAAGAAGUGUCCCCCGGGGCGCUACUGUCUGGCUGGCCUGACCAAGGAACCGGAUGCCACAGACUGCUCCGUGGGGAGAUACUGUCCUGAGGGUACUGUGGAGGAGCUGAAGUGUCCCACAGGAACCAUCAGAAAAACGGUGAAGGCGUACGAUGUCGACACCCACUGUGAACCCUGUCAGGCCGGGUACUACUGUCUGGAAGGGUCAUCCACAGAGUCAGGGCCCUGUGAGACCGGCUACUACUGCCCCACAAACUUCACCAAUCCCUACGGUCUUCAUCCUCCAACCAUCGGAUCUUACGGAGCUAGACAGGUGCCCUGCCCAGAGGGAACUUACACCAAUGUGACAGCCACCCCUGAUGUGGGCAGCUGUCAGACCUGUCCCGCGGGCUACUACUGCCCGCUAGCUUCCAGCAUCCCCACAGACUGCCCACGAGGGUCAUACUGUGUAGCAGGCUCCUUCAAACCAGAACCGUGCCCUAUUGGUAGAUACGGAAACACAUCAUUACUGAAGACCUUGACCGAGUGCCCUCCGUGUGACCCUGGUUGGUACUGUGACGCCCCCGGUCUCCUACAGCCCCGAGCUCCCUGUGACCCUGGAUAUCUCUGUUAUUCUGGAGCCUCCACCUCCGCCCCCACUGAUGGUACGACUGGAGAGCUCUGUCCCAGAGGAGGAUUCUGUGUCUCAGGGUCGUAUGUCGCCGAGCCCUGCCCCCUGGGAACCUACAGUAAUGUAUCAGGUGCUGUCAAUAACUACGAGUGUUUCGAUUGUGACGCUGGGUACUACUGUUCCUCUGUGGCUGGUGGGGCUCCCACAGGGGCCUGCUGGGGAGGGUACUACUGUACAGGUGCUGCCAAAACCCCCAUACAACACAUCACUGACCCAGGUCACUUUGCUCCCAAUGGCUCUAUGGCUCAGUAUGAGUGCGAGAUAGGGACGUACAUGCCGUACAACGGUUACGCUGAAUGCUUUGAGUGUCCACCAGGGUUCUACUGUCCAGACAAAGGUAUGACCAACAGAACUGCUUGUCCAGCCGGAUCAUACUGCGGAAACGGAAGCUACGUUCCCACAUCAUGUGAACCAGGAUAUUACUCCAACCUAACCCACCGAACCAACAUCAGUGACUGUGAACCCUGCCCCCCGGGCCGCUACUGCCAGAACCGUGGGGCGACGGAAGUGACAGGCAUGUGUAAGGCCGGACACAUCUGUUACGGCUUGGCCCUGUACAACGACCCAGUCUACAACAACGACACGUCGGGCAACAAGACCGCCAUCCUGUGGGGAGACACCUGUCACCCGGGCUACUACUGCCCAGAGGGCACCUCAGUCAUGGUGCCCUGUCCCCGGGGAACAUACAACCCAGACAGGAGUGGCACCUCAGAGACGGCCUCCUGUAAAUCAUGUGACCCCGGGAAAUACUGUAACGGAACAGCUCUAACUGAGGUCACAGGGGAGUGUUCCGCUGGUUACUACUGUACGGGUGGGGCCUGGAUCCCUGACCCCGUGGACAAUGUGACAGGUAACAUCUGUCCCCAGCAUCACGUGUGUAAGGCAGGGUCAGACACGCCCAAAACUUGUUCCAUCGGUUACCAUGCCAACAGUACGGGGAUGUCAGACUGUCAGCUGUGUAUGGCGGGAUUCUUAUGUAGUCCAGGGUCAGAGCCCGCUCUUUGUCCACUAGGUUACUACUGUUUGGCCAGUACCGUGCUGAUUCCAAUCUCCCAGGGCACGCCCUGUCCCGUGGGGACGUUUGGGGGACAGAUGGGACUGACAGAGGAGGGUAACUGUACUCAGUGUCUGGCCGGCAAAUACUGCGAGACCACUGGACUGACCAACUACACUGGACUAAUAAGUGCUGGACACUGGUCAAGAUACGGAUCAGGUACAAGGACACCUCUAGUAGACGACAGUGCUAUCCUAGGAAUCUGUCCCAAAGGCCACUACUGCCCCGAGGGGAGUGAGAUCCCAACACCCUGCCCCUCAGGAACCUAUGGAGACAGCUGGAAGCUGACCGCCCUCUCUACCUGUGACCCCUGUAAUCCAGGAACCUUCUGCCCGGAGACCAACAUGACCGCGACAGGAAGUCAGUGUGAUGCUGGGUUCUACUGUAGUGGGGGAUCGCCAGAAAGUGCCCCAGUCAACCAAACAUGGGGGGACGAGUGUCCCGCAGGCUCAUACUGUCCGUCUGGAUCCUCAGGCCCAACCCCCUGCCCCGCCGGAAAGUACACCAACUCGACUCGGACCGUCACCUGCCUGGACUGUCCGAUUGGCCACUACUGUGUGCUGGGGACCAGUGACCCUGUGCCCUGCCCUGAGGGAUACUGGUGCCCCGUCCGGUCCGUGUCAGCUAAUCUCAAUCCAUGUGCUAUCGGAACAUUCCUCAACACAACAGGGGGACAGAAAGCUGCUGACUGCCUGAGCUGUUCACCAGGUAAAUAUUGCCAGACUACCGGCCUGUCUAUGCCUACUGGAGACUGUGAUGGUGGGUGGUAUUGUACCACUGGAGCCACUGUAGCCCGACCCACACUGACCGCCCAGGGUGGACGAUGUUCCGUCGGAAACUUCUGUCCAAAUGGAAGCUCGGCAGAAACUCCCUGCUCCCCUGGAAUGCACUGUGAUAAUGUUGAGUUAUCCACCCCUGUGGGUAAUUGUUCGGCAGGCUACUUCUGUUCGUCAGGAUCUACCAACUCCACACCAGUUGACCAGCUCUAUGGUGACACCUGUCCCCCAGGAACUUACUGUAUGGCAGGAAGCUCGGCAGGGACAAACUGUCCCCCGGGGACCUACCUGAACACGACUGGAGCUCAGAGUGAGACUGACUGUUUGACCUGUAUCCAGGGAUCUUACUGCAGUGGCUAUGGCAACGUGUACCCCACUGCUGAGUGUGACCUUGGUUACUACUGCCCGGCCGGAAUGAACGUCUCCAAUCCAUCUGAGUACACCUGUCCUGAAGGUCAUUACUGCCCCCAGGGAAGCCACGCCCCGAUUCGCUGUGACUCUGGGAAGUACCAGGACCAGACGGGUCAGGGUUCGUGUGUCACCUGUCCCGCCGGGUUCUUCUGUGACAACACGAUGGCCCCUGUGGUUCUCUACAACAACUCGUACUGUCCUAUUGGUUACUACUGCCCUGCCAGCACCAGGUACUCCAGCCAGUACCCCUGCCCCACAGGAACGUUCGGUAACGUGACCGGCAUGCAGGCUGUGGGGGAUUGUAUACUGUGUCCGGGAGGGUACUACUGCGACAUGACCGCUCAGACCACCUACACACAGAUCUGCCAGGCCGGAUAUUACUGUCGUCAAGGAGCUAAAUCAGGAACCCCCAAUCAGGGAGCAGAUGCGGAUGAGUGUCCGGCUGGCUACUUCUGUCCGGUCCAGACCACAGAGCCCCAGAAGUGUCCCCAGGGGACUUACUCCAACGCCACCAAACUGACCGCAGUCACGGAAUGCACCAACUGUACCGCUGGAAUGUACUGUGGGACCACUAACUUGAUGGAGCCGAGUGGCACCUGUUGGGCCGGCUACUACUGCCCUGAGUCCUCCACCUCACCAACACAGGUUGACUGUCCCAUGGGAGCUUACUGUCCCAAUGCCAGUGCCAGCUUCACCCUGUGUCCUAAAGGUACCUACUCAAAUGCCACUAACCUCCAGAAUGUCUCCGACUGUAGCCCCUGCCCUGGGGGACAGUACUGUGAGACUGACGGUCUGACCACACCCACUGGGCUGUGUGGGGAGGGCUACUACUGCCCAGAGGGCUCCAUCUACAAAGAACCAGCCACCAGUUUCUGUCCGGUCGGCCACUUCUGUCCUGAGGGCGUGUCACAACCUGUCCCCUGCAGAAACUACAGUGAGGUGAACCACACCCACGCUAUCCAGUGUUAUCCCUGCCCUGCGGGUUACUACUGUGUGCUGCAGGGCCAGAGCGAGAUCUGUCCAACGGGCUACUACUGCCCAGCGGGCACCGGUCUGGACUGGAAGGCUUGUCCCCGGGGCACAUACAGUGAUGUGGCUGGGAUUUAUCAGGAGAGCCAGUGUAAACCCUGUCCCCAAGGCCAGUACUGCGACGGAGAACACCUCAGCACUCCUACAGGUUAUUGUGCACCGGGUCACUGGUGUGUGUCUGGAAUUGACCGUCAAUAUCCGAACGGACUCAACAACUCUGUGUCCCUCAACAACACGUGUUACGAUGACCGGCAGCUGGGUUAUGGAGGAAUCUGCCCUGUGGGUCACUACUGCCCAGGAGGGCUGGGCAGUAUCUACCCCAUCAAGUGUCCAAACGGAACCUACAGUAACACGGAGGGCCUGUCCCAGUGUAUCACCUGUCCUCAAGGGUACUUCUGUUUGGAGGGUACAGCUAACUUUACGGACAAUCCCUGCCCUCUGGGAUACUAUUGCCCCAGCGGGACCCAGAACUCCAACGAUUACCCCUGUCCUUCUGGGACAUUUAACAAUGAGACAAUGAGAACCAAACUGGCAGACUGUCUCACCUGUACAGGUGGUUCUUACUGCGACAGAGAUGGACUUUCUUCACCGACCGGUGUCUGUAGCGACGGCUACUACUGCAGUGGAGGGGCGGUCAAUGCCACACCCAGCGGGGUGGGGGGCAACAACUGUCAGGCCGGCUACUUCUGUCCUGAGGGGUCGGUCAACCCCACCCCCUGCACCCCUGGCUCCUACUGUGUGUCCGACUACCUAAAUGACACUACAGGUCAAUGUAGUCCUGGGUACUACUGCACUAGUAAAGCCACAGUACCCAACCCCAACGAUGGAAACGUCACAGGAGACAUAUGCCCCACUGGAGCCUACUGCCCCUUGGGUAGCCCCUCACCCACAUACUGUCAGGCAGGAUAUUACCUCAACAGCACAGGAAAUGAUGACAUCAGCGAUUGUAAGCAGUGUACACCUGGAUAUUACUGUGACGGCAGUGGAAAUGUUAUUCCUGAUGGACUCUGCUCCCAGGGAUACUACUGCCCCGGGGGUCAGGAUUCUGCCACCCCUGCUGGCUAUAACUGCACCCAAGGUCACUACUGUCCAGAAGGUAGCUCUGCACCCCAGAGAUGUCCAUCAGGAUCAUACCAGGAUGAGUUUGGACAGUGGGCCUGCAAGGCUUGCCCAGUGGGCUACUUCUGUGACAAUGUGAUGUCCCCUGUGGUGUUAUACAAUGACUCUAACUGCCCCACCGGUUAUUACUGUCCACUGAAUACAACCAACUCUAACCAGUACCCUUGUCCCGCCGGAACAUUUAACAACCAGACUCACCGUACCCAGGCCUCUGACUGCCAGAGCUGCUCUGGGGGGAUGUACUGUGACCAGGAGGGACUGACUCUGCCCGUGGGCAGCUGUCAGGCUGGCUACUACUGCACCAGUGGGGCCAACAGCUCUACCCCUACUCAGGACACCAACGCAAACAUCUGUCCGGAGGGAUUCUAUUGUCCAGUGGGAACGGUCACCCCUCAGUCCUGUCCCCCGGGCACUUUCAACCCGUCUACUGGUAGACAGGCAGUGGGAGAGUGUACUAACUGUACUGGGGGUCAGUAUUGUCCGGACUACAACAUGACAGCAGCCGGACCACAGUGCUCUCAAGGUUACUACUGCCCUACUGCUGCAGAUGUCGCGACCUUCAUCAUCUGUCCAGCAGGCUCCUACUGUCCUCAGGGGUCACCCAGCCCCACCCCCUGCCCAGCAGGCACAUUCUCCAACGUGACUGGGCUUUCUGCUGAGGCCCAAUGCACAAACUGUACAGGAGGAUACUACUGCCCUAGCACUGGAAUGACGGACACUGGAUAUCAGUGCUGGGGAGGCUACUAUUGCCCCACUGGGCUGGACGUUCCAAACCCUGCCCACUACCUCUGUCCAAGGGGAAUGCACUGCCCUAACGGAAGCGAAAUCUACAAGGAGUGUACCGCUGGGACCUACACUAACCACACUGGGGCCUCCACCUGUGACACCUGUCCGGACGGCUUCUACUGCUUACCUGUCCAGCCUGACAAUGCUACUCUGAAUGCCCAGCCCUGCCCCGAGGGCUACUACUGUCCCGCAGGUACAGGAAUAAACUGGCAGUCGUGCCCGAGCGGUUCCUACAGUAACCAACAGGGACUGUCAGCCUCGGCCCAGUGUGUGGCCUGUGACGGGGGACAGUACUGUCAGGGAGAGCAUCUGACCGCCCCCACAGCCAACUGCUCAGCGGGAUACUAUUGCACAUCGGGAGUGGACCGCCCUAAGCCUGGAGCCAGUAAUGACACAUCAACAGCCAACUGCACAUGCCCAGACCAGGCGUUCUUCACAGGGGUAGGAGGGGUCUGUCCUGUGGGUCACUUCUGUCCCCAGGGAUCCCCCAGCCCUGUCCCCUGUGCCUCUGGAACCUAUGCUGACACCGAGGGUUUGUCUGUGUGCUGGACCUGUCCCCAGGGUUACUACUGCCUGGCCAACUCCACCGGCUUCUUACCCUCACCCUGCCCUGUGGGUCACUACUGUCCAAAUGGAACAACCUUUGACACAGAGAACAGGUGCCCCCCUGGAACCUACAACCCUACAACCAAGGGCACCCAGGCCUCAGACUGCUUGGAGUGUCCCCCAGGGAAGUACUGUGCAGGCUUUGCUAACUCUGCCUACACCGGUAACUGUAGCGCUGGGUGGUACUGUACAGGCGGUGCAGACAGCCCAAACACCACCACCCACGGAGGGGAAUGCGCCGCUGGAUAUUACUGUCCUGAAGGCUCCCAGGCCCCCACCCCUUGCCCUGGAGGUAAAUAUUGCCAGUUCUCUGGUCUGGACACUCCCACUGACAACUGCUCGGCUGGAUACUACUGCACUGCCAUGGCAACGACCGCAACCCCCACAGAUGGCAGCACUGGUAACGUGUGUCCCCCGGGAUUCUACUGCUUGGCAGGGUCAGCUUACCCCACCCCCUGCUCUCCCGGGACCUACAGCCCUACCCAAGGAAACACAUUGGCCUCUCACUGCCUACCAUGUGACUUUGGAGAAUACUGUGCUGAACACAACUUGACUGUUACUACAGGAAACUGCAGCGCUGGCUAUUACUGCCCUCAGGGAGAAAUGACAGACAACCCCCGUCUGUGUAGCGUCGGUCACUACUGUCCAGAACACUCGGCGGCUCCUGUUAUCUGUCCCAGUGGGUGGUUCCAGGAGAACCAGGGUCAGUCAUCCUGUGACCUCUGCCCCGGGGGAUACUACUGUGACAACAGCUACGGUGUGGUGCUCAUCAAUGACACCAUUAAAUGCCCAGAGGGCCACUACUGCCCACCGGGUACCUCUGCCAGCAACCAGUGGCCCUGUCCUUUGGGAACCUUCAACAACCUGACUGGUCUAAACCAGAGCACAGACUGCACCCCUUGUACUGGCGGGUAUUACUGUGGAAUUGUGGGACAGAAUGCCCCCACAGGCCUGUGUCAGGCCGGCUACUAUUGUCGCAUGAAUGCAAAGACCUCCACCCCCAACCAAACCACAGAGGCUAACAUUUGUCCCCAGGGGUCCUAUUGUCCGGAGGGUACUGACGGUCCAUUAUCCUGUCCCCCUGGGACGUACGGAGCCACGACAGGACUGCGUAAUGUCAGCGAGUGUACACCCUGUACUGCGGGAUCCUACUGCACCACGCCUGGUCUCACAACCCCCGAAGGUCUGUGUGCAGCAGGGUACUACUGUGAGGAAGGAUCGGAUUCAAUACAGAAAACGAUUUGUACGUCAGGCCACUUCUGUCCUGUUGGAACAGCUGUACCAAAUAAAUGCCCAGAGGGUACAUUUAAUCCAUACACCGGGCUGAAUAGUUCUGAUCAGUGUACGCCCUGCACUGAGGGCCAGUAUUGUGAGACAGAGGGCCUGAACGCCACGACUGGGCCCUGCGAGGCGGGCUAUUACUGCCCCUCGGGCCAGAACUCCUCCCGCCCCUCCGACUAUCCCUGCACUGUAGGACAUUACUGUCCUAUCAACUCCUCACAACCCAUACCCUGUGCCAACGGAACCUACAUGAACCACACCAUGGGAUCCCAGUGCUACGACUGUCCGGAAGGAUGGUACUGUGUGAGUGGGAACCUGGUCACUCUCUGUCCUGAGGGUCACUUCUGUCCGCUUGGAACAGGAUUUGACUGGAAACAGUGCCCAGUUGGGACCUACAACAAUGAGACAGGACUGUCCCAGGAGAGCCAGUGUAAACCUUGCCCCGGGGGGAUGUACUGUGACCAACUGGGGGCCUCCUCACCCACAGGCCAGUGUCUGGCGGGGUACUACUGUGAGUACGGUGUGGACAGAAACGACCCGACCGGCGGGAACAGGACGCUGGUGGGAGGAGCUUGUGUAGCGGCAGGAAAUGAGACAGGUAUGGGUGGAAUAUGUCCUGUGGGUCACUAUUGUCCCACUGGCACCACCACGCCCAUCCCCUGUGAAGCUGGAGCCUUCAGCAAUGUGACCGGACUGUCCACUUGUCACCAGUGCCCAGCGGGCUACUACUGCCUCCUGGGAGCAGACAACUACCAGGCCACACCCUGUGACCCAGGCUACUACUGUCCAGCAGGCACCACCUCAGCCACUCAGUACCCUUGCCCAGCAGGCACCUUCUACAAUCUGACCAUGGCCACCACUCUGUCUGACUGCCUGCCCUGUCCAGGGGGAGAGUAUUGUGCCACACCUGGACUUAGUACACCCACAGGAAAAUGCAGUCCAGGAUACUACUGCACCAGUAAUUCCAGUUCAUCCAUGCCCAGUAGCCCAGGGGGUGGGCAAUGUCAAACCGGGUUCUAUUGCCCAGAGGGUUCUUACCAGCCCAGCCCAUGUGACCCAGGGAGUUACUGCCAGACAGUGGGUCUCAGCACACCUACAGGAAACUGUACAGCUGGUUACUACUGCAUACUCCAAGCCGACACUCCUACCCCCACUGACAACACCACAGGUAACAUCUGCCCUGUGGGCCACUACUGUCCCUUGGGCAGCUCUCUGUACCAGCCUUGCCCCAUGGGCUACUACCUGGAUGUGACAGGACAGGAUGAGUUGACGGACUGUAAGAACUGCACAGGUGGUCUGUACUGUCCAGGAAGUGGGAUAGAACUUCCAGCCGGGAACUGUAGCUCCGGAUACUACUGCCCUCAGGGUCAAAGUUCAGCCACUCCCCCAGCAUACAAUUGCCCUGUGGGUCACUACUGCCCUGGAGGAAUGGACUCGCCUGUCCGCUGCGAGAAUGGUACCUACCAGGACCAGGUGACACAGAGCACCUGUAAGGUGUGUCCGGCCGGCUACUUCUGUGACAACACAGUGUCCAUCGUUGUCCUGGACAACUCCACCACAAUCUGUCCCAUGGGAUACUUCUGUCCCUCGGGGACCAGAUACAACAAUGAGUUCCCCUGUCCCGUCGGAACCUUCAACAACCUGACAGGACUAACUGAUGCCAGUCUGUGCUCGCCCUGCUCUGGAGGGUACUACUGCCCCACCCCAGGGAUGGUUACCCCGGUCAGCCAGUGUGACUCUGGAUUCUACUGUAAACAGUACGCCAACAUCUCAACACCUGUGCAAGGAACGGAUGCCAAUAUUUGUCCAGAGGGCUAUUACUGUCCAGUAGGGACCACUAACCCCGUGCCUUGCCCCAAGGGGAUGUACAGUAACUCCACUGGUCUGCAGGCUGAGCUGGACUGUGUCCUGUGUCUCGCGGGCAGCUACUGUGAGCAGACAGCAAUGACCGCCCCCAGUGGCCUCUGUGAUGCAGGAUAUUACUGUGUGCUCCAGUCUAACAGCUCUCAGGAAGCCAUCUGUACUGCCGGAAGUUACUGUCCCCAGGGGUCAGGAAACCCAACACCCUGUCCCCGAGGAACCUACUCUAACACCCAGGGACUGGCCAAUGAAACGCAGUGUACAGCAUGUGAUCCUGGCAAAUACUGCAACGAUACAGGCUUGACAUCUGUUGUGGCGGACUGUGACCCAGGAUUUUACUGCCCCGGGGGUGAUGACGUCCCUAACCCUGUGGCCACACCCUGCCCCAUUGGUCUCCACUGUCCAGCAGGAUCAGGGUCGCCUGUACCCUGCAUACCUGGCACCUUUACCAACCUGACUCAACAAGACACCUGUCUCACCUGUCCAGCUGGAUUCUACUGUGUACCUGAGGAAGUCAUUCAAGGUAACUCAAGCUCUGGGUACCGCCUCUGUUCCAAAGGAUUCUACUGCCCAGCAGGUACAGGUAAAAAUGAGUCGGCCUGUCCCGCCGGUACUUACAGUGACCAGCUGGGACUAACCGAUGCCAGCUUCUGUCUACAAUGUACCGGAGGUAAAUACUGCGACGUCACCAAUCUGACAGCCCCGGCGGGAGACUGCAGCCCAGGGUACUACUGCACAGAGGGUGUCAAUACCCCUACCCCCACCGGGAACCACACAGGAGUUGGGGGAAUAUGUCCUCAGGGAUACAUGUGCCCUGGAAGUACAGUGGUGCCACAGGGCUGUCCUGCUGGAACCUGUCAGGACCAGACAAACCAGGCCUCCUGUACAUCUUGCCCCGCUGGAUAUUACUGCACAGCAAACAGCACGACCUAUACUGACAAGCCCUGCCCAGCGGGCUACUACUGCCUGGCGGGCACUCAGUCUGACACCCAGUACCCCUGCCCCAGGGGUACCUUCAACAACCACACUGGUCAGGCUAACGACUCUGCUUGUUCCCCUUGUACCCCGGGGUACUACUGUGGGUUCCCGGGCCUCAGCACCCCCACAGAUCAGUGCGACCCUGGCUGGUACUGUACCCUACAAUCUUACCUGGCUCAACCAACUACACCUGAGGGAGGGAUGUGUGUGGCAGGCCAGUACUGUCCCCGAGGAAGCUCUGCCCCCACAGGCUGUGACCCUGGUCAGUACUGUGAUGUCAACAUGAUGUCAGCACCGCGGGGUAACUGUUCCAGUGGCUACUACUGCACCACCAACUCCACCACCGCCACACCUACUGGCACAGGGGGAGACAGGUGUCCCCCCGGUCAUUACUGUCUGGAGGGAAGCUUCACCCCGGAGCCCUGCCCCCCAGGGUUCUUCCAGCCUAGCUACAGCGCCCAGAAUCUGUCCUACUGUAUAUCAUGUACCUCUGGCUCAUACUGUAAUGGGAGUGGACUCAGUGCAGUGGACGGCCAGUGUGAUGCAGGUUACUACUGCCCCACUGGACAGACUGUUCGGAACCCCAGUUCCUAUGAGUGUCCCGCCGGAUACAUGUGUCCCACAGGAUCAAGUAAUUACCAGCUGUGUAGCGCAGGCUUCUACCAGGACGAAGUAAGACAGGCCACAUGUAAAGAGUGCCCAGCGGGCUUCUAUUGCGAUGACUCCAUGGGACCUAUCACUAACUACACCACCUAUGUCUGUCCUGAGGGCCACUACUGUUUGAAUGGCACUAAGGUGUCCACAGAAUUCCCCUGUCCCAGCGGUACAUACAACAAUGACACUGGUCUGAGGGCAGAGUCCGAAUGCUUCCCUUGCCUGGGAGGAUAUUACUGCCCAGCCGCUACCGUCAACCCCUACCUACCAUGUGGAGCGGGCUACUACUGUAGGACAGGGGCCAAAACGGCAGCCCCCAUGCAGAACUCUGAUGCCUAUGAAUGCCCGGUGGGCCACUAUUGUCCAGAGCAGUCAACUGAGCCAACCAAAUGCCCAGCGGGAACGUACUCCAACACGACAAGACUUAUGAAUACAACAGACUGUACUCCUUGUACCAUGGGCUGGUACUGUGACACCACAGGAUUGACAGCUCCAGUAGGACUGUGCUCCCCGGGCUUCUACUGUGUGACAGGAUCCGACAACAUUGCCCCUGCAAUCUGCCCAGCAGGCAAAUACUGCCCAGAGGGUACCCACACCCCUUUCAAAUGUCCCUCGGGCACAUUUUCCAAUACAACUGGGCUCACAGCUUCAGGACAGUGCACAAACUGUACAGCUGGGUAUUACUGCCAGCAGGCUGGCCUGACCGCAGAGGAAGGGAACUGUACCCAGGGCUAUUACUGCCCCACAGGCUCCACUAACAGUAUGGCAGUUAUUUGUCCCAUUGGCCUGGUGUGCCCAGAGGGCAGUGACCAGCCCAGGUCCUGUGCCCCUGGAUAUUUCACCAACCAGACUGGACAGUGGCAAUGCAACAUCUGUCCCAAUGGAUUCUACUGCCUGCCCGAGAAUGUGACUGCUGGAAUUCCAACCUCCGGUCACUUUGACUGUCCGGCCGGAUACUACUGUCCGAGUGGAACUGGACUGGACUGGAAGCCGUGUCCCAAGGGAACUUACAGUCAGCAGACUAACCUGUUCCAGGUUACUCAGUGCAAGGAUUGUGACGGCGGCUAUUACUGCUCGAUAGAGGGCGCCAUUAAUAUGACUGGACCAUGUGACCCUGGCUACUACUGUCAGUCUGGAGUGGACCGGUCCAACCCCGACAAUGCGGCCAACUUCACGGCCAACAAUACCUGUAAUCUGUUAGGAGGCCAUACAGGCUAUGGAGACAUAUGCCCCAUGGGAUACCAUUGCCCUCUGGGAAGCGAGCUCCCAGUGGAAUGCCCCUCUGGGACUUAUCAGAAUGAGAUCGGACAGAGUGUGUGUAAAACUUGUCCUGCUGGGUACUACUGCCUGGUGAACUCCACAGACUACAGUGACAAGCCCUGCCCCUCAGGCUUCUACUGCCCGGCGGGCACCCAGUCAGACACAGAGAAUCCCUGCCCUGCUGGCACUUUCAACCCUGCCCAGAUGCAGACCAACUCCAGUGCCUGUGUAAGCUGUACCCCUGGGACGUACUGUCAGACCACCGGACUGUCCAGCCCCACCAACAACUGCAGCGCUGGUUACUACUGCACUGGCGGUUCUGUUAGCACCAUGCCAACCGAUCCCACACAGGGCGGAAAAUGUCUGAGGGGUCAGUACUGCCCUGAGGGAAGCCCCGCCGCCAUUGAAUGCCCCCCAGGGCAGUAUUGCUUCAUGGAACGACUUAGCGAGCCCACAGGAAACUGCUCCCAAGGUUACUACUGCAAUGGUAGCACCAUUCUCGCCAACCCUCCUGAUGGCUCCACGGGUGGUGGGUGCCCCCUGGGUCACUACUGCCCCACAGGAACCAGUGUCCCCAAUGCCUGCCCAAUGGGCUACUACCUGGACAUGAUCCUCAGCAGUGUGGCCUCAGCCUGCAAGAUCUGUAAACUUGGUAUGUACUGUGGAAGUGAGGGUCUGGCUGAUGUGACUGGUCCCUGUGACCCCGGGUACUACUGCCCCGCCGGUCAGGUCUCCGCCACCCCCGCAAACUUCAGCUGUCAACCUGGGUACUUCUGUGUGGGAGGAAAGUCUGCCCCAGAAUCCUGUCCAUCGGGAUCGUACCAGGAUGAGCCAGUAAAGUCGACGUGUAAAACCUGCCCCGAGGGCUAUUACUGUAAUGCGACCUUCAGUCCAGUGGUCAACUACGCUAGUACAGUGUGUCCCGAGGGAUUCUACUGUCCCAAUGGAACAGAGCAUGCCGAGCAAUAUCCAUGUCCCAAAGGAACGUUCAACAAUAGAACAGGACUGUCCAACUCCUCUGAGUGUUCUCCCUGUGUUGGGGGCUGGGCCUGUGAUGUGACAGGACUGACCUCACCCCUCAGGCUGUGUGCUGGAGGAUACUACUGUAAGAUCGGGGCAGACUCCACAACACCUGCCCAAGCACCAUAUGCUGACCAAUGUCCAGCUGCCUUCUACUGUCCUGAGGGUACAGCCGACCCUAUCCCCUGCCCUGAGGGUAGUUACAGCCCCACCCCUGGGCUACAAGCCGAGAGUCAGUGUCUGAACUGUACUGGAGGGUACUUCUGUAAUGAGACAGGACUACUGACCGUAGUGGGUAAAUGCCAGCCUGGGUAUUACUGUCCCUCAGGCUCCAAGGUCGCCACGGAGGUCAUCUGUAUGGCCGGUCACUACUGUGGGGAGGGGACCCAGGACCCCACCCCCUGCUCCAAUGGAACCUUCUCCAAUGUGACGGGGUUGACGGCUGGCUCUGAGUGCUGGAACUGUACCCCUGGGUACUACUGUAAUGGUCAGGGACUCACCGCUGUGUCUGGACCAUGUAAAGAAGGAUACUACUGUCCCUCCGGAUCGAGUGUGGAGACAGAGAUUAUUUGCCCAGCGGCCAAACAUUGCCCCACAGGAAGUGCCGAGCCCGCGGACUGUCCAGCAGGGACCCACGCAGACCACAAUGGUGCUGCCACCUGUACUGUCUGUCCAGAAGGAUACUACUGUGUACCAGCGCUGACCAUAGCAGGAAAUGCAGGCACCUCCAAGACCCCCUGCCCUGAAGGCUACUACUGUCCCAAUGGUACUGGGUACGACUGGAAGUCCUGUCCCGCCGGGACCUACAAUAAUGUGACAGGACUCAGUAAGGACUUGGAGUGUACACCGUGUCCCGGAGGACACUACUGCCAGGGUGUGAACUUGACCACCCCCACUGGUGUGUGUAUGGACGGCUACUACUGCGUGUCUGGCGUGGACAAAGCCAACCCCCUGAUGCUGAACGACAGUCAGUGCCCCACAGGGACCGUCCAUCCCAUCAUAGGUCACCAAUGCCCCACUGGUCACUACUGCCCAGAAGGUACAGAGUACCCCAUUGGAUGUCCAGCAGGGUCAUACCAAGAUCUGACCAAUGAGAAGGCCUGUAAGAGCUGCCCUGAGGGAUACUAUUGCUAUGCCAAUACAUCAGACUACUCCCCCUUCCUUUGUCCUGGAGGGUACUACUGUACACUGAACACCACCGACCCCCAUGAGCACCCCUGUCCCCCUGGAACCUUCAAUAACCUGACCACCCAGCAGAAUGACCAGGCUUGCCUGCCCUGCACCCAGGGGAUGUACUGUCAGGGGUCAGGAAACGCUUACCCCACAGGGAACUGCUCAGCCGGCUGGUAUUGUACCAAUGGCUCCUCCAUUAGCACACCCUCUUCCACUGGAGGCCAAUGUCAGCCUGGAUUCUUCUGUCCUGAAGGAUCAUGGGAAAUGACAAAAUGUACCCCUGGUAAAUACUGCUCCACCCCUGGACUCUGGACCCCGACAGGAGACUGUACUGCUGGCUACUACUGCCCCGAGAGUUCUACCUCACCCCAGCAGGUGGACUGUCCGGUCGGCCAUUACUGUCCCACAGGAAGUGGUCUCCCAGAACCCUGUCGUAAUGGAACCUACGGACCCACCACUCGGCUUCAGUCGGACGCCCAGUGCACUCCCUGUGACGGUGGUAUGUACUGUAACGGCACCGGUCUCAGUGCCGUGACUGGACCCUGUGACCCUGGGUUUUACUGCCCCUCUGGUCAGUCCGUCCCAAACCCUUACGACUAUCGAUGUCCACCUGGGCACUACUGCCUGACCAAUACCAGCACUCCGAUCAGAUGUUCUAGUGGGUUCUUCCAGAAUGAGUAUGAAAAAGACUCCUGUAAAGUCUGUCCAGAAGGAUACUACUGUGACAAUAGUGUAACAGCAGUCGGAGACCUGGCCAACUUCACCUGCCCCGAGGGAUAUUACUGCCCCACCCAGACCGAGCGCUACAACCAGUACCCCUGUCCCCCAGGAACCUACAACAACCGCACUAUGAGGGUCAACGAGUCGGACUGUCAGUGGUGUCCCCCAGGGUUCUACUGUCAGAGCUCUGGACUCCCCACCCCCGAGGGACCCUGUUAUGCUGGAUACUACUGUCUGGGUAACAACACAGAGCCAAACCCUUCAGCCUACAUCUGUCCCAUCGGGAACUACUGCCCCGAGGGUAGCUACCUUCCCACUCCUUGCCCAUCUGGAACGAUGGCCGUCAAUACCGGAAAUGUCAAUGUGACAAACUGUGAGAUCUGUAGCCCGGGACGUUACUGUACGACCAACAGCUCCAAAAAUGGAGUGAGUUUGCCCUGCAGUGCUGGCUACAUCUGCCUACAAGGUUCAGAUAUUCCCAACCCCGCCGACAAUGUGAAGGGCUACAUCUGUCCCGUGGGUCACUACUGCUUGGAGGGAGCGGUCAAAGAGACCAAGUGUGACAUCGGAACUUACGGACCAACUGAAGGACUGGGUGCUUGUUUGACUUGUCCUGCGGGAAGAACCUGUCCCAACCAGGGAAUGAACGACACACUUCCCUGUCCGGCCGGGUACUACUGUACUAAUGGAACAUCAGGAAAUGGGGCUCCCUGUCCAAUGGGCUCCUACAGCCCACAUGAACAACUGGUGUAUGAAGUGGACUGUCUCCCAUGUAACCCAGGCCAGUUCUGUAAUGAAACUGGGCUCUCCGCGGUGUCCGGGCCCUGCAGUGCGGGCUUCCUCUGUGUGGGCAAUGCCACAUCAGCCACCCCCAACGACGGAACCAACGGACCAUGUCCUGUAGGGCAUUACUGUCCAUCUGGCACCACAACAGCUGUUCAGUGUCCUAAGGGGACCUACAGGAACCAGACCGGUGCUGGCAUCGUGGACGAUUGCUGGCCUUGUAGAGCUGGGUACUACUGUGACCUACUGGGAAUGACUGGUCCCACAGACCUAUGCUCCCCGAGGUACUACUGCCCCGACAUUGCUAAAAUUGAGUCAGACUCGCCCUCCACUCACCUGUGUCCGGCCGGCUUCUACUGUCCCCGGGGUACUGCUGAUCCCAUCGGAUGUGAUCCAGGUACUUUUCAGCCAAAUAAUGGGGAGGUGACCUGCAUUUCGUGCCCCACAGGCUCCUACUGCUCAGGUAACACCAGCGCACCUGUCCCAUGCCCCUCGUACUCUUAUUGUCCCGGUAAUACGUCGGACCCCUACCUGUGUGAGAACGGAACUUACACCACUGACACUACGACAGGGCUAGAAUUCGCCUCUGACUGCUCAGCUUGUCCUUCAGGUGUAUACUGUCGUGGAGGAAAGGUAGCAGGUAACUGUUCAGCCGGCUACCUGUGUGUCGGUGGACAAGACCGUCCCGACCCCCCAGAUUCACUCUGUCCAUACGGAUUCUACUGUCCAGAGGGUACCACCACCCCCCAGUCGUGCCCCCCACAGAAAUUCAUUGACAAGACAGGAGCUAUGAGUGCCGGCGAGUGUGGGGACUGUCCGGGAGGAAGACUAUGUCCCGGGGGUCCCACCUCCAUUCCCUGCUACACCGGCUCCUACUGUCUGGCUGGUGAUGCCGGGAACCCCUACCCCUGCCCAAUCCUGACCUACAACGACCGGGAGGGGGCUAACUCCAGUGACUGGUGCCUGCCCUGCCCCGGAGGAUACAUGUGUCCCAUCAGUAACCUGACCACCUAUGAGCUGUACCCAUGUCCUAUCGGAAUGUACUGUCCCAAUGCCACAAAUGUUGCCUACGAGUGUCCAGUAGGAACUUACAGGGACACCCAGAAGGCGGCCAGUAUAGACGAUUGUCACCUGUGUCCUGCCGGGUUCAAGUGUCCGGAUGCCAACAUGACGUACUCUGGAAUCCAGUGUCAGACAGGGUACUACUGUCCCCCAGGCUCACACAACGAGACCAUCUGUCAGGCCGGAUACUACUGUAACAGAUCCAUGUCCCAGGUUCCCUGCCCCUAUGGUUACUACUGCCCUGAGGGGUCAGCCACACCCAUCCGAUGUCCCCAGGGACAUUACUGUGGUAAACUGGAUGACUGCAACAUGACUGAUGCAGGUGCCAUUGAGCCAGUGAAGUGCCCCCUGGGUUACAAAGAGUAUGAUGGCUCCCCCAGAGCUACCUUCAACGACACCUGUGAACCCUGUCCCCCGGGGACAUUUGGAGCGGACCCUAACCGUGCAGUAUGUGAGACAUGUAGAGCGGGGACUGUAUGUCUGUCCCUGGCGACGUCCGAUCAGCCAGUCGCUAACGACUCCUCCCUGGCCUGGGCCUUCGGCUUCAACUCCACUAACUCCUACAUAUGUCCUAAAGGUUACUACUGCCCGUCUGGAAGUGCUGAGCCCACACCCUGCCCCCAGGGUAGAUACAAUCCUAACUUUGCCGGCGGUAGCAUUGCAGACUGCCCUCAGUGCCCCAUUGACCACUUCAACCACCUGACUGGACAGAAGGGCUGCUUCUCCUGUGGGGGAGAGGCAUAUCAGGACAGGGUGGGGCAGCCCACCUGUAAAUGUACUGGGGCGGGGCGAGACUUCCAGGAGAGUGAUCGGCAGUGUCCGUGCGCGGCUGGUUUCCUUGAGUUGGCAGAUAAUGCGGACUGUGUGAAGAAAGUGUAUGAUCUCUGUAAAGAGGGCACCACACGCGCUCAGAACGGCCAGUGUCUAAACGACGCUCAGUGGGAGGACUACUGCAAAAACCAGGUGUGCAAGGAGUAUGUGAGCUUUGACCGACUGAUGGGAAUGUGUCUGUGUAAGACAGAUGACCUUGAGGAGCUCUGUAACCUUGAGUGUAGGAUCGCCCAGAGAUACCGUGUGUCCUUCAAGUGCUCCGAGCCCCCGCUGGAGCCCCACCUUGUUCUCAGAGAUGCCAACAACACCAUUGUGAAAGAAUACGCUGCCAGUGGACUGUUGAAAAUGAUAAAUGCUAGAAAUGCCUUGACCUCCGAACAAUGUGGAAGCAGAGAUAAUUCAGAUUACCCCAUACACAUUACUGAGAUGACCACAAGUGGCUUCCUGGGAGUGUACAACCCGGACCCCGCCCAAGUACUGGGCAUGCUGGAUGCCCACAUCAAAGGAACCAUCACUGGAAACAUCACGGCCGACAGCAAUAUUAACCAGAUCUACACCGGACGACGACGUCUGCUGGCGACCUCCAGCAACAACGGAUCGCUGUUCUCCGGGAUCGAGAACCCGGUCGUGUGUCUGACCUAUGGAGAGUACAUGCUGUUCUCUGUCAGUAGCACCCUCUACCCUGUCUACGAUGUAAAUAACCUGUUUAACACGAACGACCAGUUUGACUACGGCAGUUUCCGGUCGCUGGUAGAGGCGAUGACACAGACCACUUCCACUGCCACGCUGUUUUCCUACCAGUUCAAGGACCCCGGAAUCUACGUCUUCUCUCUUAGCACGGACGCCAACAAGAAAAUGUACAUUCGAGUGAUGGCUAGUGGGGCCCAGUGUGCAGAGAAUGGUCCAUUCUUCCCACCUACCUCCGGAUACAUCAUACAGAACGGAAUCUCCGUGGCAUCAGACAUCCUGAAGACUCCAGACUGGGAGAUCAUCUUCAUCCUGCUGGGAACAGCCUUCAUGGCCAUGGUCCUUAUGUUGUUAGCCCUGGUAUUGUUCAGGAAGUACGGCUGGUCCAAGACGUCCUACCUGAUCCCGUUCUACCGUGCUAUGACCCGGCUCUACAACUUUGAUGACUACUCCAGCAAAGGUUCGACGGUUCGACCCGCCAAAAAAUACCACAGAAACAUGCAGGCCAUCACCUCGGGGAGAAGUGACAGCGACUCAGAUCUCGGCGGGAUACUGGAUGCUAAUACAAUAGAGACAAAGGAUGAUGAAUUCUGGGAUUACGACAAACAGGUGGACCUAGAGGCGUUUAAUUCUCGCACCUUGUAUGACACCCUCUCCAAACAAUCACGUGCAGUCACAAACACCAUUGGCAAACAUAAGGAUGAGACCAAACAAAUGUACAACAGAAUAGCCAAUCAGGCAGAGUCUCUCAAAGGUCUUUGGGCUGCCAAGAUGAACCUGAAAGGGAAAGCCUCAUUGGCUACUGAUGAGGAUCUUGUUAGUUAUGAAAACAAACUAGAAGCCUUGGAGAUUGAGCUGGAACGAAGAAGAGACAUUGGUCGCAGGUUUGAAGCUAUUUUGAACAAACAGAAAGAACUGAUGAUGGAAGAUGAACAAGGCAGAGAGAAACAUCAGGUUGCCUACCAAUCUUCUUUGAGAGAAGCGGCUAGAAACUUGACAGAGCAUGUAGAGAAUUUACAGCAGGGUAAACUGACCAGGAAUGGAGAAUUUGACAUGGGUGCUCACCGCUCGGUGGGUGCAAGAGUGUCCCUCUUAUUACAGAAGAUGUCCAGCGAAAUCACACAGGAAUGUCAGAGAAUUGGGGCUUACGGUGUACUUGGUCAGGGAACUGGAGGUCAGCUGGUCAAAUCCGGAAAGAAUGUGCCACUCAAACGAGACGAUCUGAUUGGUCCAGACAUGAGCGUCAAAGCCUCGGAUCUGGUCAGCCAGGAGGCCAACUCUGGACUCAUUCGACCCAAAUCUGGAGUCAAGAUGAUCCUGGCCAAUGGUACGCUGGCCGAUGUGCCCGCUGACCACUUUGUCCAUCCACAGACAGGACACGUGCUGCCCAUCCAGGGUAACGUGGCCUUUGACCCCGUCACCUCCAGACUGGUCUUUGUUUCAGACUCUGCAACAGGAGAAGCAGCAAGAGCAGACGAGCCCUUCAUUCCUUUUGUACCAUACCCCGUCCACCCACAAAACAACCAGCCAAUCAAAACCAAGCUCCGCCCACUGGAGCACAAGAGUGACCUGAGAUACGGAGCGCCAAUGAAUGACCCAGUGACGGGACUUCAUGUACCAAUAAUGGGCGUGACCAUGCACCCCCAGACCGGGGCUCUCCUCCCUAUUGGGGGUACCCACAUAGACCCGGUCACAGGCAUGCCGACCCCCAUAGAGGUGGGCUCCCUGAUGGUGGACCCUAACAGUGAACAGCCUGUCCCUAUCCUGGCUGUGACCUUGGACCCAGAGACAGGAGACAUUGUGCCAAUUGGAGGAACAAAACCAGGCAGCAGACACAACCUUCCCAUAAUUCCUGGCGACACUUUCGUGGAGCCUCUCAGUGGUCGAUUGGUCAGAGUUCAGAGUGGUUAUUUAAUCGAGGCCAAUGUGUUGCCAUCUGGUGGAGGAUUCCAGGCCCUGCUGGACUCUAGCGUGCUUGCAUGUGAGGCAAGAGUCAUUGACACGCUCAGAGAACUCAAAGAUGCAGUGGGCGACUCGACAGGAACCAAUGUAAACGUGAGACAUGAGUUGACCAGCUUGGAGGCUGCAAUGAAAGAGCUCGAGAAAGCUCGCUCAAGAAUGAAGGCCUACCUACUGAGGACUCAGCAUGAUGUCGAGCGUAGAUUCGAUCGGUCGUCCAUUCUGGCUGCCACCGGAGGAUGCCCAGGAAUGUACGAGUUUUUCAAGACUGGACAGUUGUUACCCAUCUUGGUGGGAACAACAAUGCUGGAUCCAUCGGGCACAGAACAACAGGUGCCCAUCCUCGGGGCAGACAAAGAUAAGAAGACCGGCAAUGUCAGACCGCUGGCCGGAACCAUGGAGGACCCUGAAGGAGCUGGCUUGGUUCCAAUCAGUAUCGGUAAGAAGGCUCUAGACCCUGUGACAGGAGAAAUCAGCCCUGUGAUUGGUAUCCGUAGUAACCCAGAGACAGGCCUGGCCAUCCCUGUCACUAUGUCCUCUGGCGGCCCCAGGAAGAAGAAGCCACCCCCAGGAGCUCUAGCCAUGCUGGAGGAAGAACUGGUGGCCAGACGAAGCUUCUGGAGGCGACAGAGACAGAAGGAGCGGGAACUAACUCUGAAGGAGCACCAGUUUACUCAGCAGCUUCUUUUCGACUUGGACUCUGUGACUUCUCGAGAUGUACAGAGAUUCUUGGAGGAGAUUGAUGCAGAUGUUCACCAGCUUUCGGAAGCUGAGAAGCGCGAGGUUCAGAGACGAGGUGGUGCAGAACAGGAAUAUGCUACGGUGAUACCGCCAGAGGUCAUCGCGGUCCUGACCCAGAGUGAUGCCAAAGAGCAUGAGGGAGAGGAAGGGCACGUGGCUUCCCACGUCAAGUUGGCAGAUGCCCUACGUCGAUUCUUUAACAAGCUGCAACAGGAGGAGAAACAGUACAAGGACAGAGCUCAUGACCUUGAGGGGGCCAUGAACCCUGACGCCGAGAACACCACACUACAGAGGUACAAGCAAGCCAAACUCAGGCUACAGAGUGAGCUGAAGGACACACUGAGGGCCAGGAUGGAGAACCUAGACGAGGCUCAUUCCUCACUGGAGUAUGCCAGGGAGAGAUCUGAGCUGUGUGCUACUGAGGCCAAGACUGUCCUGACACGAGCAAGCCUAUUGGCCGGUGAUUACGACUGUCAGCUGUCCGGAGUCUACGGCGAUGUAGACUCCUCAGGAGACAAGGAGUCGGACCUGAUACCUCUACUGAAGCAGCUGAUAGCGCUGUUAGAGUCAGGGGGUCCUUUCACCCUGUCCUCAGAACUACUGAACCUGAUUAGUCAGGGCACUGAGGGUGGGGCCGGCCAACAUGUGACCAAUAUCAAUAUCGGAGGCAGUGGUGGGGCUGGGGACAUCAAGCGAACAGGAAGCACCGACAGCCUCAGAAGACGCCGGGAUCAAAAGGAAAGAAGUAGACUGGCCAAGUCUGGAGUCAAAUCAACUACCAAGACAGGAGGUGGGAAAGAUGAGACCUCCAUCUUUGAUGGGCCAAAGGGCAAAGGUAACAAGGGUCAAGGUGGUGAAGCGUCCCAAGAACUUUCUCGUGCUGUGUUUGAAAAACAGGCUUAUGAGGCAGCAAAACUGGAGAAUGACCUUAAGAAGGAUGAGAUUGAAGACAUGAACAAGACUCUAGAUGACUGUGAGUUAGAGAAGAGGAAAGCCAUGGCUGAUGCCCAGCAUGAACUGGAGAAGAAACUAGCAAGGUCAAAACAGGAGCAGGAGAAAGAGAUGAUUAUGAUGGAGUAUGCCAGCAACAUGCAGAAACUGAAUGAAGCGUUUGAGAAGAGGAAGAGGAAACAGCUGGAUAAACUCAGAAAGAGACUGCUUGAUGCCAGGCGUCACAAGAAGAAGGAACUGGCAAAGAAACAUUUAUCUGAAGCCAAAGAAAAUGGCAUAUCAGAGGAGUCAGUUCCAAACAUAGAAAUGCCCUCUUAUGAGGAGUUGAUGAAUCAGAUAUUGAAGCUCCAACAACAGCAAGAGCAUAUGUUGGCAGACAUCAGAAAGAAAAGCAGCGAUGCCCGUGAUGAAGUUAAAAGUCCAGAAAUCGAUCAAGAGUUUGAACAACAAAUCCGUGCCUUGGAUAUCAGCAAGAGUCAGAAAGAGGCUCUGAUUAAUGACGCCAAGAGCAGACGAAAGGAGCUCCAGCAGCAGAUCGAAGCCAUGAAGGAGAAACUGAAGAAGAGGAAGGACAGAAAGCAUGGGGCUGAACUGACUGAGGAGGAGUUGCAGAGUCUCGAGGAGGAGGAGAGAAGGAAUCUGCUGAGGGUGAGGGAGACCCAGGGUCAGGCUGACCGGGACAUGGAAGAGGAGGCCAUACUGAGCACCAUCAAGAUCAUGGAGAGGGAUCAGCAGAAGCAGGCAGGAGAGGAGGCCCUGAGGGAAAUGUUAAAGAACCAGACGGAGAGCGAGAGAGACCGGAUCCUACAGCAGUACCAGGACCAGAUCGCCAGACUCAACAACCGGCUAGACGACGGCCGCAACCAGCAGGCGGACAAAAUCAAGGCCAAACUGGCAGCCAGGAAACGGAUGAAGGAGGAGCUGGACAAAGAGAGGGCGGUCAACAAGGAGCUGGACAGGAUCACCAAGAAACAUGCGGCACAGAAUGACGCAGAAGCUGCAGAUGUCAUCAUGGGCAUCAACGAGAAGAUCAACGGAGACAAGCUACUGUCAGAGCAACAGAAACUGGUGGACCAGCAGACGACAGAGCUAGAGAAGCUAGAGGGACAGCAGAGCGAGGACCUGAGGAGGCUCAAUCUGGAGGCCCAGGAGGAGAGGAGCAAAGAGGAGCAGGACAUAGUCCUCAACAACCAGCAGCAGAAACAACUGGCAUUACAAGCGCACCAGUCCAAGUUUGAGCGUGACAUGCUGCUACAUCACCAGAACCUGACCCCCGGGGACGCCGAGUACCAGAAACUACUGAGUGCACACAAAGCCGAAAUGGAGGCAUUAGAGCGGAACCUCAACUCAGAAAAAGAUCGCCAGAAAGAGGCUCUCAGAAAAAAGAUUGAAGAGAAGAAAAAGAGAAGGAUGGAGCAGCUCGAGGACAAACACAGGAUGGAGACAGCCCAGAAACUGUCAAGUCAGCAACAACAGCGAGACCAGCUCAACGAGAAGAUCGCCAAGGACGUGGAAAACGACGCCCUCAAGAAAAAUGUCAAGAACAAGGACAAGAAGAAGGCAGAGAACAUGAUAUACACAGUCCUCAGACAGCGACAUCUCAAAGAGGCCAUCCAUCUCGAGGACCAGCUCGCUCGGGAGCUUGAGGCUGCUCGUAGAAGAGCCCGAGCAGAGAUUGAGGAGAACAGGCAGAAGGAGAGAGAAAAACUUUUGGCUGCUUUUGAGCAGGAGAUGCGAGACUUGAUAGCUGAUUCUGGAAACAUGGAUCCAGCAGAGCUGGCCAGACGAAAGGAGCAACUCAAGCAGAGGCAGCAGCAAGAACUGAGUGGCUUUGAUGACCACACUACACAACUGUUGGAGAGAGCAGAACAGGAAGUGAGUCCACAACAGGAGAUUCAGCAGACACACCAACGACUGAACCUCAAGGAGAAACAGCUGCAGGAACUGGCAGACGCCAUGAAGACGUUCUCUCCUGCUGAGGAGCUUAAUAAGCAGUAUGCUGAACAGGCCAAGCUGGCGUCCGAGGAGGCGAGGAAAUACAAGGAGGACAUGUACAGGAAGUUACAGGAGGAGCUGGCGAGGAGGAAAGAGGAGCAGCGACUGGCAGAGGAGGAGAGGAAAAGGAAGAUGUUGGAGAAGUACAAACAACUGGAGGAAGAGUUGGAGGCUGAGGCAAGACUUGAGGAGCAAAAACAGAAGGACCGGGAAGAGGAACGGCAGAGGCUCCGACAACAGCAGAUGGAGGAGAGAGAACGCCGCGAGAAAGAGGAAAUCCAAAAGUCCGGAAACAGCCAGGAGGAGAAAGAAAGACUCCUACGGGAACACAAGGAGAACAUGGAAAGGAUACGAGACUCCAUGGAUCAGGAGCAGAGCCGCAGCAAGCAGGCACUACUGGCCAAACUGGAGGCUCGCAAGAAACGCCGCAUGGACACCGCGAAAGCCAAGGUGGACAAGGAGAUCAUUCUGGAGAAGGACUGCGAGGAGAUGGAGAGGCUAACCUCUCACGCGGAUGACGAUGAUGAGUUCCUGCAGGCGGGAGCACGGUCGUCCGUGGCGGGCGGUAUCAUGUCAGGACUGGGCGACAAAUCCUCAUCAGGCCUGGGUCAGUUCACCCCCACUGGGAACCGCGAACAGGACUGGGUUAACAUGCUCAUGGCGUCACCACUUUUCAAACAGAUCAAUGACUUGGCGGACAUGUUGGAUAAGACGGAAGGUGGCAUUGCUGGAGGAGACAAGGUGCUAGGUGGGGACUAUAGUCGAUCCUACAUGGAUGUGAAGGAUGCUCAGUGGGUCUGUAAGGGUGACCUAAAACCGGCGGACAUCAAUCAAAUAUCACCCGCUCAAUUCGUCAUUUAUCGUUUCGGUGUUUUUGUGACAAGACUAUUACAUGAAACAAUCGGUACACCUGAAGUCAGCUUACUCCUUGCCUCGAACUUACCUCCAAACAACUACGAACACAAUGCGUUCAGGAACUCGGUGUUUUACGAGCAUGCCAAGAAGAUUCUGUUUGUGCGGAGAGAGAGAAUGGACUCAAUUGGUGAAUUUGUUGUGGUGAUUUUGCAUUCGUUGGCUCAUAUCAAAACAGGAGACUUAACAGACGAUAGUGACACUGUCUUCCUGCGAGAGUUCUACAAGGCACUGCGGGUUGUUUGUCAAGACAUGUUCUUCUCCCGGGCACACAACAACCCCACCCCCCAGACUCGACUGGCUCUGGAGCAGACCCUUGGUACCAUCAAAAAGCAGGAGGAGAAGAUGUCGGUGGUUGGAGACAUCGUGGACAUGAAGGUGGACGGACCGACCAGGAUCGACUUCUCUGAACAGAGUAUGUCUCAGCGACUUUACGGGUGUGAAUCUCUAGCCAGCAACGCCAGACUACGACAAUUCCUUUCCUCCAAAGGAGGCUUCCUAGCAACCAGUGACUUUGUCAGCAGCAGAAUGUCGGAGCUAAAAGGUGGCAACACACCGCCUGUAACACCGCGGCGCAGCCCACGGCGAUCAAUGGCUGUUCCAUCAAUGAAGACACCCCCUAGUGUCAGCGACACACAGCUCAUGGAACUGGAAGCCAGGAAUGACCAACUCAACGCUGAUCUCGCACAGACCCUAAAAGCGGUGUCGGACUUGGAGGAAGGAAUAAGGAGCAUGGAGAAGAGUUCAUCCAGUGACCCCCGACUGACCUCAGCCAGGGAACAGCUGGCAACCAUCCUCACACGUAAAACCGACCUACUCAAAAGAAUUUCAACAACGGAGGCCGACAUAGUCAGGAAAGAGAAGGAAGUCAAAAAGAGGCGAUAGCAAAUCAGAUUUUGGUGACCAGGCCUCAUCGAAAAAUCUUGUGCAUUUAAACUUUUCUAUUCAAACAAAACUAACAAAAUAUUGAUGCUAUGAAGGAGCUUUAAUCAAGAACUGCUGAGAUAAUGGCCGUGUUUUUUCUUUAGAUCCAUGUUCUGUCCUUAUUUGUGAGCCCUGUUAUUUAUCUGACCAUUUUCUUCAUACUGUGAUACUUAUAUCUAUUUAUUAUUAUUUAAUUUGUGCAAUUUUUUUUUACAUAUAAUUAUAAUGUAUACAAUUGUUAAAAUGUGAUGUUUUUGAAAAUUAUUUUUACUAUGACAUUCCGUCCUAAUAGUAAAUGAAUUUAAUUUCUUUUCCAUUAUUAUCAAUUUACAAUGUACAUGCGUAUAUCAGAACCGUCCAAUAUUGUUUAUUUUGUUAACUGUCUCUCAGAAUUCAAGUCUAUGAUCCAGGCAAAAACAUUUGAAAUAAACUCACCUUGAAUAAUUACUGCUUUGAGGGUAAAAUUUAUGAUUUGUGUUUCGCUAUUUAAAAAUUGAAUAAUUGCAGAUAAAACGCUUGUAACUGUUUUUCCUUUUUCUAUGUAUUUUUUAAAACUUUGUAUUUUUAAGGAAAUAAAAUAUAUAUAUUAUAAUAAUGA